UGUUUUAGCUAAUUGAAAAUAUUACAAUAACAGUAACGAGUAGUGCACAGCUUUGAGCUGCUGGACUGCAUUCUGGACCUUAGGCUACCAACUCAAUAUAUGAAUAUUAAUUCAGUCGUGAUGAACUAUUGUGAAAACUCUAAUUAUUCAGAUUUCCUCCCACUAUUUCGUCACAACCAAAAGAGAUUAAAUGGGGAACAAUACAAUGAUCGUCAAGUUGCCAGACAUCACAUGGAGUUUUUAUUGAACUUGAGAUUUGAUCAAUCAGUGUAUGACGAAAUAUUGCCAGUGUCGUUAAUAUCAUCACAGGAUAAAUUGUGGAACUCUUAUAAACCGUUAAAUAAAGUUCACUACAUAAGGAAAACUGGACUCGGAAUAAAAUGUGGUUCUGGAAUUUUCUUUCCAAACAAGUCGGAUACAGUGAACUCAAAACUCGUUGUGAAUUAUAAUCAAGUAUUUUAUUUUGAAGGCUUUCCAUUCGCUUAAUCAAAAUAUUUUCCUGCUCAAUAUUUUGUGGUGACUCAAAAUGUUGAAUGGGAAAAACAUUUCUAAAGGUCCAUAGAUUUAUUGUCUAAUAACUGGAUAUUUGAAGGUAUUAAUAAAGUUUGUAGAAAUUUACCGGUGAUUUUGACACUAUUUGUUUUAAAAAAGACUACUACCUGGAAGUGCCGAGCCAAGUGUCUAGGUGAAGCCCGUAAAUUUCGUGCUCAUCUGUCUUCGAUUUCCUUUAAGUUUGUUGUUCCUGUCAACGCUCAAUGUCCUAAUACCUGUUUGUCUUCCGAGAAACAAACUUAAAGAACUUCAGUAGUCGCGUUGUCUGAAUUUGUCGUUUUAAAGUUUCUUCACACAUUUUAAACGUUUGAGUGUCGUACUGCAACUUUCAUUUGAGCUGGAAUGACCUUAUUUAUCUGUUUUACAACUUUAGGUUGACGCCGGAUAUGGUUUUCAUCAAAAAAGAAACGUAACACAAAUGGCAUUGCCUGAGACAUCCAAUAAAAAGAAAAUUCACAGUAAAUCAAAAUCAUGUUGCCAGGAAUCGAACAAAUUGGGCGUAAAAGCCACCAUGAAUUGCACAAAGGCAAUAUCAAAAAUAAAUUCACAAACAAGACUGUCAGGGUUUCAUUUUGAUUUUUUAAAUAUCCCCACAUUGAUAAACUGUGAGAAUCAAUCAGAUAGCUAUUUUGUGGAUAAUUUUCAUAAAACAUCAAAAAACUAUAAGUCAGAGUGCUUGAACUUUGAAGAUUCAUUGAAGUUUAGGAAAGUUUUGAAGGAAGAGUUAUAUAGUAAUCUUUUUGAUCAAACAACUAUGAAAUCCGAAUUAAAGAACGCUUUGUUUCACUGGGCUACUGAAUGCGGAAUCGAAAUCAGAAAAUUUUUACCAAAUGAAAUCGAUAAUGUUUUUAACCAGUUAAAUAUAAUAGAUGCAAAGAUUCAGUUGCAAACAAUUGUCUCUAUAGGAAUUUUUGAAACAAAUCCAAACAAUGAACAGAUUGCGAUUCUCCGUGGUUUCCUUUUGCACAAUAAUCAAGAAAUUGUCUUAGCUACUUGCUUAUGUCUUAAUAUAAUAGGUUAUUCUAAUCAAACAUGUAUUGAAAAACUAAAUACUUUGAUCACAAUGGAUCAAAGCUUAUUACAUAUGAAAUCAUCAAAUAACAAAAUAUCAUCUACAUCUUUGAAUCUAUUGAAAUGGGCAUCAUCAAUUUGUUUAUGUAAAUUAGAUCAAUGUAAUUUAAAAGCAUUGAAUAUUUUAACUAAUCUUCUAUUUGAUCAGUUAAUUCAAUUUAUUCCCGAACAAUAUCCAAGCAAAACUUAUUACACUCAAAUGAAAGAGCUUAAUGAUUCAUUGAAUAAACCAUUAGAUUUAGAAGAUAAAUAUAUGAACUCAUUUGUUUCAAUUCUUUCCAAUCUCAUAAAAUUUGAUAUAAACAAAUCAAAUAUCUUUUUAAAUAGAAUUAUCUACUAUUCUGAAAUUAAGAUGAUUUUACGUCUUAGUAAGAAUCAUUCACAAAUUGAACAUUACUUUACUGAAUUUUUGAAUUCACCAAAUUGGAGAAUAAGAUUAUGUUCAUGUUGGCUUCUAUCCAUUCUAUUGUGUGAUUUAAGUAAAGAUACACUUACACGAAUAAAUCGUCUUAUGCUAUUAGAUUGGAGUACCAUGUUACGGAUAGCUACACUUCAUUGUCUGGAGACAAAUUUAAAGGGGAUGAAUGUAUCUUUAUUAUGGUCAAAUAGUUUAUUCAAUGACCCAUUUUUGUCAAAUGAUAACAAUAGUACUAUAACGAACAAGAUAAUUCAUGACUUGUCUAUAACCCCUAAAUCAAUCCCUUAUCGUCGUGCUCAGAGAUUAUACCAAUUAGCUAUGAAUGGUCUUUCACACGAUGAUUUAAUCAAACAGCUUCAUUUGGCUUUAAUGGACGAAUGUAGUUGUGUACGUAAAAUGGCAUGUGUUAUCAUUGAGCAAAAGGACGUAGCUACAGAAACAGUCAUUUUUAAUGAAUUGCUUAACAUUUUAAAGAAUGAUAUGAAUGAUAACGUUAAAAUAUUGGCUAUAAGAGCUUUGAAAACAAUAACUGGUUCUAAUGAAGAUAAUACAAAAUCCGAACAAGUUCAAAAUGUUUUAUAUCAUGCUAUUCAAUCUGAAUUCAAUCCAUCUAUCCGACAGAAAAUAUUCCAUCUUUUAUUAUGGUUUAUUCAAACACGUUUUAUAAUCUAUGAUACAAAUGAACAUUUAAUGAAUAAUGAAAUUGAUAUUUUAGCUAAAACCUUAAUUUACAAUGAAUAUAAUUCAUUAAAUGCAAAAAUCAUAGAUUUUAAUGAAUUAUUUAAUAUACAAAAUGAUAUAAUAGAAUAUAGUUUAAAUUAUGAAAAUGAAUGUGUUGCUAUGGAGAAAAAUGAUUCUAAUUUAAUACGUAAAAUAUUUAUACCAAACUAUAAUAUGUUUAUUAAUGAUAAAGGGGAUCAAAUGAAAUUACAAAAAUGUUUUCAAGGUCAUCUUUAUUAUUUAUAUAAUUUUUUAAGAAAAUCUUUAAAAUAUGAAAACUGUCCAGAGAUUCAAUGUGAAUUAUCUACUAUGAUAAAACCAUUAUUUGAUCAAAUAUUAAAUGAAGCAAAUAGAAAUGCAACAGAAAAUUAUUAUUAUUCAUAUCAUAAUGAUACAGAUUUAUUAAAAUUAUUAUUAAAUGAAAAAUGUAAUGAUAUAGUGAAAAUUUGUUAUGAUAUUAUACAAUAUUCUUAA